AUGGGUACCUCCACGGUCCAUCCUUCGCAACGGCGGCUGUCCUGCGAUGUCUGCCGUCGGCACAAGACGAGAUGUCUACGCAUCAAGCAAAACGACCCAAAAUGUGCACGAUGUACUAUGCUCGACGAGGAAUGCAGCAUUGGUGGGCCGAAGAAGGUCGGGAGACCCAGGAAGUCAGACUUGCCAGCUGGCCAGCAUGCACGCAGAAAGUCGAUUGAGGAGACCGGAGCGAAGCCAGUUCGAUUGAAGAAGAAACAGACGACCGCAAGGAACCAGCAGAGCGACCCAGCCACUUCGAGCGAGUCACCAGACUCGGACAUCUUCUUGGAGAUAAACGACCAAUACGAAAUUGAGAACAUGAUGUUCCCAACAACAAUACCAUCAACCACAGCUUCUACAGCGGCGCCGCCGGCUAUUGAAACCACAACAAAUAUUAUCUUUGCCCUCGAGUCAUCGUGGUCUACUCCUAGAACAGCUGAACUGCAGACUCCAUCAUUCCCUGAGCGACUGCCGUUGAAGAUCUCAAGUUGCUUCAAGCACAGCUCCGCUUUUGCCGACUACGACUGGAACAUAGAUGAAAAUGAUAUGUCAAAGGCAAAGUCGAGUCGGCUCGACCUUACUGUCAUUUGCUCUAACCCUGCAGGCCUGGUGAUUCCAGAGCUAGGCUCCCCCGUGGCUAGUAUCGAGCUUUCAGACGCUCUGUCUAAGCUGUCGAAGCUCAACAACGACUUACACACCCGCAUGGCCGCCAUUGAAUCGCAUCGGUCCGUCAUCACCCUGAGCAGCAUCCUCUUCCGCGAGGGCCCGCUAUUUAUCGACAGCCUCACGCUUGGAGAGUUCACAUUGGAGUCAACUCAGGAUCUCUUCCAGGUGCUAUCGCGGCUUCUCAACAACCGAAAAUGCCAUCCGCCAGUUGAGAGUGUGCACAUGCUCGAUAUUGUGAACCUGCCGGGCCUGGACGGCCAGUCUUCGUCGCCACAUCCUUACGGAGGUGGACACAAUGGACCAAGGCCCGGCUUUGCCUCCUCCAUCACAUCCGCCUCUCUACCGCCGUUACGAGCUCCUCUUUUCUUAACCAUCGCAGCCGUCUUCACUCAGAUCAUAUCCCUCCAUGAGGUUCUCCUCAAGCAUAUAAUCCUCUGGCUCUCCAUCGAACCCCUCAGACCCAUCUCGGGACUCCGGACCGGCGAGGCGUCGACACAGGAUCUUUGCGUGCAGGGCAUACGCUAUUGCAACGCCACCCUCAGCUUCCUGGAGAGAAUCGAGCAGAUCCUUGGCCUCUCCGGGCUGCCCGAGUGGGGAGGGUCGGGGCUGCUGUCCAUGCAGCAGAUCGAUCUGCUCUGGAGCGUGCUGGACGGCGGCGAAGGUAUCGCUCCGGGCCACGGUUUCAUGCGGCCGGCGUAUGUGAGGAAGUCGCUGUGGAAGGCAUCGUCAGUCAUGAGUCGAGUCAUGCCCCAGUAA